CUCUGCGCGGACGGGACUCACUCCAAAAUUCGAAAUCGGGCAACGUCUCCUCCUCUCCGCUUUCCAUUUCAAAAAACCCCAUCUCGUCGUCUCCACCCCCAAGUCCCCAAUCUCGCCAUCCCGCCUCCGCCGCCGCUCUGCCCAGAUCUCGACCACCGCAAGUCCAUCGCAGCCGCAACCGCAGCCGCGAUGCUGUCGGAUGGCGGCGACGACGACCACGGCGGCAGCUCCGCUCCCACGCGGUUCGAGCUCCAGGAGGACCCUUCCUUCUGGAAGGACAACAACGUGCAGGUCGUGAUCCGUGUCCGGCCGCUCAGCAGCAGCGAGAUAUCUCUGCAGGGGGACAAGAGAUGCGUCAGGCAGGAUAGUUGCCAGAGCAUCGCCUGGACCGGACACCCGGAGUCCCGGUUUACAUUUGAUCUGGUCGCCGAUGAGCACAUCACUCAGGAGAGCCUUUUCAAGGUUGCUGGGGUGCCCAUGGUGGAGAACUGCAUAGCUGGCUAUAACAGUUGCAUGUUUGCUUAUGGGCAGACUGGUAGUGGUAAGACCCACACAAUGCUUGGGGAUAUAGAAAACGGCACACGGAGGAACAAUGUGAACUGUGGUAUGACGCCCCGAGUAUUUGAGCAUCUCUUCUUAAGAAUCCAGAAGGAAAAGGAAAUAAGAAGAGCCGAAAAGCUCAGUUUUACUUGCAAAUGCUCAUUCCUGGAGAUAUAUAAUGAGCAGAUUCUGGAUUUGCUCAAUCCAAAUGCAAUAAAUUUACAGGUAAGGGAGGAUGUGAAAAAGGGUAUUCAUGUCGAAAAUCUGACUGAACAUGAGGUUUCGAAUGCUCGAGAAGCAAUGCAACAACUUAUUGAGGGGGCAGCAAACAGAAAAGUGGCAUCCACCAAUAUGAACCGAGCAAGUAGCCGUUCUCAUAGUGUUUUUACCUGUCUUAUAGAGAGUAAGUGGGAGUCACAAGGUAUCAAGCAUCAUCGAUUUUCUCAUCUUAACCUAGUUGACCUUGCUGGUUCGGAGAGGCAGAAGAGCUCAGGUGCUGAAGGGGAACGCUUGAAGGAAGCUACAAACAUCAACAAGUCACUCUCAACUCUAGGACUUGUCAUUACCAACCUUAUUGCUGUGUCAAACAAAAAGUCACAGCAUGUUCCCUAUCGUGAUUCAAAAUUGACAUUUCUCCUUCAGGACUCGCUUGGUGGUAAUUCCAAGACCACUAUAAUUGCAAACAUAAGCCCAUCUAGCUGUUGUGCAGCUGAGACGUUGAGCACAUUGAAAUUCGCGCAGCGGGCUAAGUACAUAAGAAAUAAUGCUAUUAUAAAUGAGGAUGCCUCUGGUGACGUUCUGAGCAUGCGUUUGGAGAUCCAAAAUCUCAAGAAAGAACUUAGCCGCCUGCAAGGAGGUGGUAAUUCCAAUGGAUUUAUAUGCGAGUCCCCUAGCGCAUUCAAAUGGGAUCAAGCUCAUGGAUCAUUCAGUCCCCUAAUGUUUGAUAAACGAGCUACACAGAGGAAAGAUUGUGAUACUGCACUCGUCGCUGCUUUUAGGAGGGAGCAGGAAAAAGAAGCAAAAUUAAAGGCAGCAAUUGCUGCAAAGCAGAUGGCCGAACAGUUGGCUUCUCAAAGAUCAGAAGAGCUAAGAAGUUUCAAGAUGAUGCUUCGCUUUCGUGAAGAUCGGAUCAAGAGAUUGGAGCAAGUUGCUUCAGGGAAGUUAUCUGCUGAGUCACAUCUCCUACAAGAGAAGGAAAACCUCGUGAAGGAAAUGGAUGCUCUACGGAGCCAACUAGAACGGAAUCCAGAAAUUACAAGAUUUGCUAUGGAAAAUCUACAAUUGAAGGAGGACCUUCGAAGGUUGCAAUCAGUUGUUGAUGAAGGAGAACGGGAAAUGAUGGAUGAGCAGAUAAAUGAAUUAGAACAGAGGCUCCUAGAAGCACUUGACUGGAAACUUAUGAAUGAGAAGGAUCCUGUUAACAAGGACCUUUCACUAUUUGAGGAGUCAGCUGGUGAUGAGAAAAACGAGUUUCUUCAUUUGCAGGCUAUUCAAAAUGAGAGAGAAAUCGAGUCACUGCGUAAAAAUUUAAGUGUCUGUCUUGAGGCAAAAGAGAAACUUGAGAGGUGUGUUGAUCAGUUGACCGUAGAGUUGGAGGGAGCAAAGAAAUGUGAUGACGCGAACAAAGAAUUUGAGGCUGCCCAGCUCCAGGAACAAUCCGUACUGCUUGAUGCUCAGACGGAACUUAAGACGUUAGUUGAUGCAAUUGCUACUGCAAGUCAACGAGAAGCAGCAGCUCAUGAAACUGCAAUUGGGUUGGCCAAAGAGAAUGAGGAAUUGAGAGCACAGCUUGAGGUCCUGGUCGAGGAUAACAAGAGAUUGGUUGAGCUCUAUGAACAUGCUAUUGUCAAAAUAGAGGUGAAACAGGAUGGAAAUUAUCCUUCCAUUCCUCAAACUGAAGAUCUGAAUGAGCAGCAAAGCAGCCAUCCAUCGUAUGGAGGGAAUGAUGUGAGUCAUAGCCUGAUGGAUGACCACCCAGAGGGUGCAACGGAUUUUCCUGUGAAUACAUUCGGAGAGUCUGAAAUAUCAGACAAAAAAUACAGCCACGGUGAUGAACUUUCGAGAACUGAAUUUUCAGAACUCCAACUUCAACUGGAAGAUAUGCAUGAAGAAAAUGAUAAACUUAUGGGUCUGUAUGAGAAAGCUAUGCAAGAAAGGGAUGAAUUAAAAAGGAAAAUGGCUGAGCAAAGCAAUCCCCUGACAGAAGACAUUCAGUUGUACGAAAGAGAUGCUGGAAUCAAUGAAGCAACAAAUGCUGAGGAAUUCCAAGGAAAACAUGUACAUGAUUUGGCAUGUGUAGCUUUUAAAGAAGUGAUGCAGCUUGUUCGGGUUAAGCUGGACAAUGUCCAAGACAAGCUUGUGACCGCCCAGGAUGCAGUACCAUUUCUUAAACUACUUGAAAUGGCUAGUAUUAAGGCAGAAGAACUUUCGGCAAGAAUUCAGCACUGCUCUCUAGAUGCUCAUCAAGACCAGCAACACAUGAAUGCCCUUAAGUCUGCACUGUCAGAAUCACAGGAGAGAAGAAAUGCUCUGGAAGGCAGGUUUUUCUUGCCUGCAGCAUCAUGCUGGGACUUGCAUUUGAAGAGCAAAACCCUUGCUGGGUCCAAGUUUGAUGUCAGCUUGGAAUUAAUGAAUAAGAAGAAGGAACAGUUGAGCAAUCUACAAAUUCGCAAAAAGGAAAUUUCUGCUGCACGUACAAAAGCACAUGGCUCUGAAAUUGAGUUGAGAAACAAAAUUGACGACCUUAAACUAAAAUACCGUUCUUUUGAAGCUCAAAGGAAGGAGACAGAAAAGGUUCUCUUUGCUAUUGAUAAUUUGGAGACUCACAAACCCGUAAAUUUUGGCAAGGCAUCUGAACUGCUAAAAUCCGAGGAGGAGAGAACAAAUCUUCUAUCUGAACUGAAGAAGUCCCGUGAACAGCUUAGCAUGGUGCAGAAGGAAAUAAAAAGCAUGAAGUGUGAUGAUAUUGAUGACAAGAUUUCAUGCCUUGAGUCAGAGAUAGAGGAUUGCUUAAUCUCCCUGCUGGAAGUUGAUAUCGAGAAGUUUGUGCGAGAUUACAGCUUGGCUGAAUUUUGGGAAGGUGGGCAGAAGUACAUGGCGAGCUUGCUGGUUGACUACCAAGAUUGCAUUUUUCAAGUUCAGUUGGUGGAGGAGGAGAUCAGGUUAUGCGAGGAGUCAGUUCGACACCAUACAAUGUCCUUGGAUGAUCUGAAUCCAAAGCUAAAUCAAACAAUGGGGAACCUUGGCGAGCUUCUGCGAGAGAGAACCUCUCACGGUCUGGAUGCAUCCAUGCUGCAUCUUUCCGAUAAGGUAAAAGGGGACCUUGAUGCCAUUGAGAUUCAUGUUGCUGAGGCAAGGCAGCUCUUGCUCAUCGAUGACCAAACCGAUUUGUGAACCUGUUCUAAGUAGUAUGACGCUCCUUCAAACCGAUGUCACGACUGACAGGCUAGUCUGUCUUCGCAUUCAUGUGUACACAUCCUUUGUAACAGAACAUCAGUGGCUAGGUGUUGCCAUAUUUGAUUCGAUUCUGUGGGAUGGAAGCCCUGAAGUUGACUGUAAUUUUUUGGUGCGACCUAGUAUUAUUCUCGCACUUCAUUGUGCAGGACAGCAACUGAUUGGACAAAACUGACCGUACAUGAUGUUAAUUCCAAGAUGGCUUGAUUCUUGUGUGUUC